AUGCCAUUAUAUACUGGCUGGAUUGAGGGCUGGGCCUCUCGUUGGCCUCUAUCAACACGACGCGAUAUCGAAUCCCAUUUUGGUUGUCGAUUCUACGGCGAGCUGGUUGGAGCCGAUACGGCUGGACCAUUCAGUCAGCGGGUUUCAGACAAUGAAUUGUGUUUUGAUGCAAGAGACACGCUUGCGGUAGAGGCACGCCUUCUUGUGACUGUGAUUUCGGCAACCUUGGGGGUCGUGUACAGCACAUUUCGAGAUGCUGUCUUCGACAAACGAGGCCUAAUUGCCCAGAGCAGAAAUGUCACUUCGUUCGCGCUCACUAUUUCACGUCUGCCUUUUGUAGGCGUGUCCACAACCCCACCCUCCGACAAUGAUCAGCGCAGCUGGGGACUCGAGCCAUGGUCUUUGCUUCGUCUAGCCUGA